AUGGAUAUCUACUACGGACGCUACCCAGACCGUCUCAAGACCAUUGAGAAAGUAGCAGAGUCACUCAACUUGGUUUCACCUCAGCUGCUGGACGUGUCACCCGAAUGCAUUUUGCGUUUUGCGUCCAAGAUGACAACGAAUUCCCAAACCCAGUGGACAGCUUUAAAAGAGAAGUACGCUACCAUAUUGGACCAGGAAACAUAUUCGAUGAGAUUCCGCCGCGAGGCUAACCGGUGCCAAUCCCGUUCUUAG